UUAAAGCGCCCGCGCGGGCCGGUCGAGAAUCGGGGAACAGCUCCGGCUCCCCAGAUAGAGGAGAGGCUGGCGCAGCGCCGAAGCCGGGGUGGCCCGGGGGCCCCGCCACCAGCGCCCCGGAAUUCUAAAGUGAGCCGAGGAGAGCGAAGCCACUGCCCAUCUCAGACUGUGAAGAAACUGCUGGAGGCUCAAAGGAGGCGACGGCAAUCUGACACCAACUACCAGCCUCCGGGGCAGAUCUCUGCGACUUCUGCAAAUGAGAGGGAGCCAGGUCUUCCCUGCCCAUUCCCCGGGGGCCCGGAAGUCCAGGUGGCUGGCCUCGGGGGCCCAUCUGCACCCCCAGCUCAGGCCCCAGGUUGGGACCUGGAAGCCCAAGCCUUGUACUCUGACUGCCACUACCACUGCGCAGCCUCCGCAGAAGCCUUCUUCUCAGCUGGCCUUUUCCCCGCCACAGAACCAGGAGGGUUGGCUUCCUUCCCUCCCCUCCUGGAGAGCCCUGUGGAUGCCACUGGAAUAUAUAUGGAGCCAACCCCACCUCCAACUGGCCCCUGGGGGGUCCCAGGGCCUGCUCAGCUCCUGGCACCACAAGGGGCUUCCUUGGAUGCUGCCAGGGCUGAGGUUCAUGCCCUGGGACUGCAACGACUGCUGACUCAGGACGAGGAGGGGGACACGCUCCUGCACCUGUUUGCUGCCCAAGGCCUGCGCUGGUCAGCCUAUGCUGCCGCUGAGGUCCUGCAGGGCUGUGGACAGCUGGACAUCCGGGAACACAAAGGAAAGACACCACUCCUUGUAGCAGCCGCAGCCAACCAGCCACUGAUCGUCCAAGAUCUGUUGACCCUGGGAGCUGAGCCCAAUUCCACUGACCACCGUGGACGGACCAUCCUUCAUCUGGCUGCCACUUAUGGCCUGCCUGGGGUCCUCACGGCUGUGUUUAAUUCAGGGAUUCGGGUGAACAUGGAGACCAGGGACUUCGAGGGCCUCACCCCUCUCCAUGCUGCUGUUCUCUCCCUCAAUGAGGCCACCCAGCAGCCGGCUUGCAGCCCCAGGACAAUGACUGUUCCAGCCCGGGACAGACUGGCCUGUGUCCAGAUGCUGUUACAAAUGGGGGCUGACCAUACCAGCCAGGAAUUCAAGAGCAACAAAACUGUUCUGCACCUGGCUGUCCAGGGGGGCAAUCUUGCCCUUGUCCAGAUGUUGCUAGACCUGCCCAAUGAGGACCUAAGGACCUUUGUGAACAUGAAGGCCCACGGGAACACAGCCUUGCAUAUGGCGGCCGCACUGCCCCCAGGAUCCCUGCAGGAGCCCAUCAUUCGUGGGCUCCUGGCGGCUGGGGCAGAUCCUGCCCUGCGAAAUCUGGAGAAUGAGCAGCCUGCCCAUCUGCUGGGACCCGGACCAGCCUCAGAAGCACUGAGGCAGCUGUUGAAGAGAAGCCGGGCCCUCCCUCUGGCCUCGUCCUCAUAGGACUCUGGGCCCAUACCUGGACUGAUUCUCCAGUCCUCAUUCGUCCAACCUCUCCUGUCCCUGAGGGACAACCAAGCCGUAUGCUUAUGUAUGCAAAUCUAUGAUAAUUUAUUUGGACCCCAUUGACCAUUCCGCCCUGCCCCCCAUCCUGGGGAGUCUUACAUUAAAACUCCCCUGUUGUCCACAGCCCUGGGGGGGUGAACUGCUGGGGAAGCAGUGGGGGAGGGGAGUGUGUGAUGAUUUCUGUGAAAUCGAAGCCCCCCCCAACUUGUUUCUGUGAAACAGAUUUAGCCCCAGAUAUCCCACCCAGCCCUCCUGCCCUUCAAUUAAAUUUGAUUCUGACCCUA